ACGUGCUGCCCGGGCUGCGCGGAUGAUUGGCUUGGCUGGACCUGAAUGAGGCGGCUGUGGUUGCUGAAUUGUCUGGGCAGGUUUGGAGUCUCUGACAAGCUCCCCUGACUCUGCAUCCCUCUGGAGACGAAGAGGAGGGGGAGGCGGCCUGUCCUGUCUGGGAUCCAGUGGUCACGUCCCCCUCAGGAGUCCCAAAUGCCUACCUCCAGUGUCGUCAACAUGGAGUUCUGAAGUCCAUGUGGCUCUUCACAGUGAAUCAGGUGUUAAGGAAGAUGCAGAGACGCCACAGCAGCAACACGGAUAACAUUCCACCUGAAAGAAACCGCAGCCAGGCGCUCAGCUCUGAGGCGAGUGUGGAUGAAGGCGGCGUCUUUGAGAGUCUGAAGGCAGAGGCGGCCUCCCCACCAGCACUCUUCUCAGGCUUAUCAGGAAGCCUCCCCACCAGCUCAUUCCCCUCCAGCCUGGUGCUGGGCUCUUCCGCUGGCGGUGGGGACGUGUUCAUCCAGAUGCCCGCGUCCAGGGAGGAAGGAGGGGGCCGGGGCGAGGGGGGUGCCUACCACCACCGCCAGCCCCACCACCACUUCCACCACGGCGGCCACCGCGGGGGCUCCCUGCUGCAGCACGUGGGUGGGGAGCACCGGGGGCACUCGGAGGAGGGAGGUGACGAGCAGCCUGGGACGCCCGCCCCUGCCCUGUCCGAGCUGAAGGCUGUGAUCUGCUGGCUCCAGAAAGGACUCCCCUUCAUCCUGAUCCUCCUGGCCAAACUGUGCUUCCAGCAUAAGCUCGGCAUCGCUGUGUGCAUUGGGAUGGCUAGCACCUUCGCCUAUGCCAACUCCACGCUCCGAGAACAGGUCUCUCUGAAGGAGAAGAGGUCGGUACUGGUCAUCUUGUGGAUCUUGGCCUUUCUGGCGGGGAACACCCUCUAUGUGCUUUAUACAUUCAGCUCCCAGCAGCUGUACAACAGCCUCAUAUUCCUGAAGCCCAACCUGGAGACACUGGACUUCUUUGACCUGCUAUGGAUCGUGGGGAUCGCAGACUUUGUUCUAAAGUACAUUACCAUCGCCCUCAAGUGCCUCAUCGUGGCCCUGCCCAAGAUCAUCCUGGCCGUCAAGUCCAAGGGAAAGUUCUAUCUGGUCAUCGAGGAGCUGAGCCAGCUGUUCCGAUCCCUUGUCCCCAUCCAGCUGUGGUACAAAUACAUCAUGGGUGACGACUCCUCCAACAGCUACUUCCUGGGAGGGGUCCUGAUCGUUCUCUACAGCCUCUGCAAGUCCUUCGACAUCUGUGGACGCGUGGGCGGAGUUAGGAAAGCCCUGAAGCUUCUCUGCACCUCUCAGAACUAUGGAGUCCGAGCCACUGGGCAGCAGUGCACAGAAGCCGGUGACAUCUGUGCCAUCUGUCAGGCCGAGUUCCGAGAGCCUCUGAUUCUCCUGUGCCAGCACGUGUUCUGUGAGGAGUGCCUCUGCCUGUGGCUGGACCGCGAGCGCACCUGCCCGCUCUGCCGCUCGGUCGCCGUGGACACCCUGCGCUGCUGGAAGGACGGCGCCACGUCCGCACACUUCCAGGUGUACUAGGACCGAACAACCGAACACUGAGGACACCCGGAAGGACGCCGAGGAUUCAGGACAUUCACCCCUGUGUGCCACGAAGCCAGGACUUUCCCCUUGGCUUGGCAUCCCUGGCUUUCUCCUGGUACCCAGCAAGACGUCUGUUCCAGGGCAGUGUAGCAUCUUUCAAGCUCUGUUACUAUGGCAAUGGCCACGAUGUUACAAUCCCACUUGCCUGAAUAAUCAAGUGGGAAGGGGAAGCAGAGGGAAAUGGGGCCACGUGAAUGCAGCUGCUCUGUUCUCCCUACCCUGAGGAAGAACCAAACGGAAGCAACAGGAACUUCUGCAACUGGUUUUUAUCGGAAAGAUCAUCCUGCCUGCGGAUGAUGUCAAAGGGGCACAAGAAAUUGGAGCUGGAGAAGACUGAUAGAAGUGCAGGUAUGUAAGGAAACGGAUAGAACAGUCUUCUGGGAGUCAGACCUGGAAUUCUGAUUCCAAACUCUUUAUUACUUUGGGAAGCCGCUCGGCCUCCCUAUAGCCAUCUCCAGGGUGACGGAACCCAGUGUAUUACCUGCUGGAACCAAGGAAACGAACAAUGUAGGUUACUAGUGAAUACCCCAAUGGUUUCUCCAGUUAUGCCCAUGCCACCAAAACAAUAAAAUAAAAUUCUCUAAUACUGCAAAGAAUGAGCCAUGCCUGUUAAUACUGUAAAGAAUGUAACAUGUGGGGGACACACAGGGGCAGGUGGGAUGGUUUAGUUUAGGAUUUUAUUAGUGCGUGCCCUACCCUCUGGGGGAACGGCCCAUCUGAGGUUUUCUUCUGGGUGGGGGGGAUUUAACUCAUGUCCUAGGGAAAACAGUGUCUGAUGAGGAGUGUUUCCAACACAGGCUGCAUGAAUUCCCCAAUACCAGUGCGAAAGCAGCCAGGAGUCCCCGUUGGGAAAGAACAAUGCCACUCUCUUUUAUGUAUCUUGGUUCUGCAACUCAUUUGUUGUAAGUAGCAUUAAUCAAGUGUCAGGUUCACAGUAUUCUGCCCUUAAUAUUUUAUGAUUCACUGACUCAAGUUUCACGAAGUCCUUAGAAAUGGUCCUCUUCAUGUAAAUAUCUUGAGAAUGAUAAACGUGAGGGAAUAAGAAAGACAAGCUUUGGACCAGGUAUGAUAGGUGCCUCAGCUUUGAAAGAGAAGAGUGAUGUGCAGAGUGUUAGGAAGACAUCUGGGCUGCUGAGACUCGGGAUUAGAAGAAGGAGAGGUAAAUAAAGUGGGUCCUGGAAUCUUUUAGGACUUUUGCUGCAGGACAAACAGCUGCCUUUGGUGUUUUUGACAUCUCCCGAAGUACCCUUCGGCCAAAAAAUACCAUCUGUUGGUGCA